AUGAUGGCCUCCCGUUUUUUCGCCCGUUCUAUGGCCUCUGCCGCCAAGUCCGUUAAGCCUCCUGUGCAAUUGUUUGGCGUGGACGGUACCUAUGCCAAUGCUUUGUACUCUGCCUCUGUCCAAGAGUCUUCUGUUGAAGCUUCCUACCAAGGUUUGAGCAAAGUGGCUCAGUUGAUCAAGGAGGACGCCAAGGUCAACGAGUUCUUGACCAACCCAGCGUUGUCCAAGGACGACAGAAAGACUGUGAUUGACACUCUUUCGUCCAGCUUGAAGUUGGACAAGACCGUCACCAACUUUUUGUCGGUUUUGUCUGAGAACAACAGAUUGGGCGAGUUCUCUUCCAUCUACAAGAACUUUGGCUUGUUGUUUGACGCCCACAGAGGUGUUGUUGAGGCCACCAUCACCUCUGCCAAGCCUUUGGACUCCAAGAUCUUGAAGAGAUUGCAAACUGCCAUCCAAAAGUCGAGCUUUGUCGGCAGUGACAAGACCUUGAAGAUCUCCAACAAGGUGAACCCAGACAUUUUGGGCGGCUUGGUUGUUGACGUUGGUGACAAGACCGUCGACUUGUCUAUUGUGUCCAAGGUUUCCAAGUUGAACCUGGCUUUGGGCGAGGCUUUGUAA